GAAAGAUUCUCAAUAUCAUCCUACUCUGCAGAUCCAGCUCUCCAAAGACUGAGACCCCAUGAUGCAGCUCUUCCUCUUCUUGUCUGGUCUGGCUUUAGUAGCCGUGUCUCCUCUGGCUGCGUAUGAGCUGGAGCAUGGACACUGUUCCUCCACAUGGUACAACUUCAGAGGCCGCUGCUACAAAUACAUGGCCACUCGUAUGACCUGGAGUGACGCAGAGCACUACUGUGUGUCACAGAGAGCCAACCUGGUGUCUGUUCACAGCGAGGACGAGCAUAACUUUGUCAGAUUCCUUAUCAGGUCCUUUGAUCCUGCUCAGGGAAGAACCUGGAUGGGGCUCACUGACAUCCACAGAGAAGGCCGGUGGCUGUGGUCUGAUGGCUGCCCGGCCAAUUUUUUCUUCUGGUCAGCAGGGGAGCCGAACAACAAAUUUAAUGAAGAUUGUGCUCACUUCAACUUUGGGUCAUAUCGGAGAUGGAACGAUGUUCCAUGUCGUCUGUCAUAUUCCUUUGUCUGUGCAACCAGCACAGACUGCAGAUAAAGAGCUAGAUGUUGGAAAUUCUCCAGUUUAAUGUGGACUGGACUGAAACCUGGACUGCCUGCUUUGAGGACAAUACCCUCUGAACAUGGAAUGCGUGGGCAUAAUGACUAUGCUACUGGUGUACCUAAAGAGGAAAUUUUCACCUUUAUUUUACUGAUAAAUGUGCGACAUUAACAUCAAUAACAAUGUUGAUUCCUGCAACUGAAUACUAUGCAAUUCUCAAAGAGUGUAUUAAUAACAAGAAUGAGCAUUUAUUGGGCAAAAUAAACAUAUUCAAUGUUA